ACACAGCUUCUUCAACAAAAUUCUCUCUCUCUCUCUCUCUGAUCUGAAAACUCUACUACUUUCUUCAAUGGCGCCACCACCUGCAUGCAGAAAUCUGACACUGUUCUCGGCUUCUCCGGCACCACUCCGGCCACUUUUUGCCGUCGUAGUGAAAGAGGCUGUACUUGUAGAACAUAAACUGAAAAUCCCAACAAAAUCUGGAAUGAUAUUUGGUGAAGAACUUUUGGAAUUGUGUGCUCUGAAUGUGCCUAAUAGCAACCGAGUAUGGCAAGUAAGAAUAGAAAAAAAUGACAAGUCGAUCUACAUUUGUUUGGAAGAUGGUGUAAAUGACUUCAUAAAUCAUUACUCCAUUCACUCAAAAUCAAUUCUACAAUUCACUUACCAAGGAAACUCUUCAUUCUAUGUUCGCAUAUGUGAUGCUCUUGGUGCUGAAAUUGAUUAUCCAAUCGAUCAUGGUGACGAUGAUCACAAUGAUCAUCAUGAUGAUAAGCAUGUGAACACUCCCAUUGGACUUAUUGAUAAUGGUAGUAGUCAAAUUAAGCCUAGAAAAAGAGGCAGAAGAAGCAGACUACUUCUUACCAAGGAUCAUAGUAAUGGCAGAGGGUUUUACUGGCACCAAACAAGGAAUGUGAGCCGUAUCAAGAAGGAGAAAGAUGAUGAUGAUGAUGAUGAUGAUGAUGAUGAUGUUCAUCUGAACGCUGCCACUGCCAUUGGUGCCGAAAUUGAUUAUCCACUUGAUGAUGUUGAUGAUCAUAAUAAGCAUACUCCGAUUGUAGUUAAUGAUAGUGGCAGUAGUCAAAUUAAGCCUAGAAAAAGAGGCAGAAGAAGCAGAGUGAUUCUUACCAAGGAUCAUAGUAAUGGCAGAGGGUUUUACUGGCACCAAACAAGGAAUGUGAGCCGUAUCAAGAAGGAGAAAGAUGACGAUGAUGAUGUUCAUCUGAACACUGCCAUUGCUAGUCCAAAACCUAGAAAAAGGGGAAGAAGAAUUGCAGCUUCCAAGGACAACAAAACAAGCCAUGGAAGCCAUGUCAAGAUAGAGGAAAAGGAAGAAGAACACGAGAUGAUUAUACCAAGAAGCUUCUCUUAUAUCAAUGGAAGAAGACCAGUCAUGUCCGAGGCAUCAAAGAAGGCAGUUCGAGCUGCCCAAGAAUCAAAACCACGCAACCCUUCUUUCUUGCUUCUCUUAAAAUCAACUCGUUGUAAUAUGGAUGUGCCUGCUGAAUUCGUGAGAAAGUACAUGAGAUUUUCUUCUGACAAGAUUGAGCUGCAGCCUGGCAAUGAGAAAAAUAAUAAGUGGCCUGUUAGGUGCUAUUAUGCAGAUAAAGAUCGUUCUCUGGUGAAGAGACUUGGCAGUGGUUGGGGUUCGUUCUCAUCGAGUCAGAAGUUGAAGAAGGGUGAUAUUUGUGUGUUUGAGAUGAUUCGGUGUGUCAAUGGUGUCGUCUUCAGAGUUUGGAUUUAUCGUUCAGCUAAUUUUGCAGUGAAAGACACAUUCAACAAAGCCAAGUAACUAAAGUCAUCAUCAUAUGUUUUGUGUUUUAGUAAUUUGUAUCUUUGUGACUAAACUCAUUUACUUGCUGCCCAUGAUGGCUUUUUCGGGAACAGUUUUAAAAUAUGUAUGUAUAUGUGUGUGUGAACCUAUGUUUGAAUGGUUACUUUUGUUAUGUUUAUCUAAAUUUGAUGUUGA